CACGUUGGGAGAAAAUAAGGAAAUCACAGGUUGUUUGGAGUAAAAGAAGAAGUCGAGCGAUUCAGUCUCCUUUUUCAAGAAUGUUUCUCCACCAAAACGUCGCGUUUUUUGCUUUGUUAUUCAUGAGUGCAUAUAUAUUUGUGUCAGGCGACGUGGUAAACCUAACAGCUUCAGAUUUAAUCGACAAAUCGGGACUAGUCCGGACUUCUAGCUCUGCUGCUGCUGCUGUGGUCAACUCGCCUGUGUUAAAGCCUGCUCCGGACCUUUUAUUUUCCCUUAACCUGCUGUCUAAUUUUCCUGAAGAUUUGGAAAUUAGCGAAUACUGCAACGAGUUGCUUCACAUAUUUGGACAACGAUAUGUCACCUAUGUGAACUGCUUGGUUCCUGCUGCACGUCCUGUCAAAGUGUGCCAGAACUGUUUCUCCAGUUUCGAAAGCCUCAAUGACACCUAUGAGAACAUCUCAUCAAAUGACGUGGGUCCAGGUAAUGUGAGCUGCAGGGACAGCCUCCUGAGAAGUGACCGCCUGAUGCUGGUGUUUCUGCUGUUCAACAACCUCAAAGACAUAUGGACCAAAUCCAACUGUGAUUCUUGUAUCAUAAAGGUACCACACUUCAACUUAACCAGUGACACACUGUAUUUCCUGGCCACUCUGAACCGUACUCUCAGCUGCUUUGAGAAGUAUCAACAGGGCAACAGAACAGAGUUGUGCACAAACUGUAAGACUGCUUAUAAAGGCCUGAAUGAUCUGUACAGUGGCAUGGAGAAGAAUCAAACUCUGUGCAUCGACAUAGAAGAUGCGAUGAACAUGACACGCAGACUGUGGAGUAAGAAUUUCAAUUGUUCCUCCCCCCGUGAGGAGACGGUGGCUGUCAUCGCUGUGUCCAGCUUCAUGCUCUUUCUGCCCAUCAUCUUCUACUUGAGCAGCUUCCUUCACUCGGAACAAAAGAAACGCAAGCUCAUACACCCCAAGCGAGCAAAGUCGUACACCAGUUUGAUGAACAUUCAGGACAAAAUGAGCUGAAGGACAAACAAGUGAUGUGUAAUAGGGAAAGAAGGUUUGGACACGUUUCCCUUAUAUUAUUUAAAGUUUCAACCUGAGGGAAGAGUUGACGUCUGAUUGUCUUUGACUGGCCUUCAUGAAUGCAGAGGACCUGACAACAGAAGCAUUGCCUGUUGUUUUCUGCAGACUGUGAUACUGAUUAGUAUUUAAAGGAUUUAAACUGAAAAUGCACUGCAAUUGGCUCAAAACUGAGUCUGAGAAAACCCUAAAAGUUUGCUUUCAUAUCCUUGAAAAUCUCCUACCACUGGUUUUUAAGCUUGCUCGUGUUUUGUCAGAUUUGUCCAAGUUUAUUUGCACUCUUUGUAUCUGUCAGACAGGAUCUGUGAUAGAAUCAAAUUAUAACUCAAUACCAGCUAAUGAGAGGGUUAAUCAUGUAACUGGGCUGCAGAUCCUGGCCUUCCUUUCAGCCUCUUAACCAUCUUCAGGUUGUUCAGCAUCUUGACAACAGCUGUCACUAAAAAGAAUGACUGAUUUGAAUGAUGUGUGUGUCUGUAACUGAACUAAUGUGUGUAUGUGCUCUACUUAUGGGUUGAGAAAUGGGCUUUCUGUCUCUAAUGUAUGUCCAGAAGAGAACUGCAGAAAGGAACCACUUGAUGUCCAUUAGUGGUAACAUGUAUCUGCUGUGAGGAGGGGGGCACACAUGAAGGAGCGGGGGGUUUGGGGAGUAAAUAAAGACAUUACACAUAUUGUUGAGAGCACUCCAAAGUACCGCACUGUGACGCUACCUGUUUUCCAGUCAGUCUUUUCUGUGGUCCAUGAAGCUUUUUAUGUGCUUAGCUGUUGUUUUUCACUGAUGUUUAACUUAGUUUGUUAAGGGUUUCUGACAGAGAAGGCUCCUUUAUUACUCAUUUAUGUAAAAUUCCCAAAUUUUGCCAUUAGAGAUGCAUUAAAAAGCUGUGAAGACAUGCAAAUCUGAAUUUUCAAUGCAUAAGCCAAAUAAAUGCUUUUGUCAGAUACAACCA